GAGGUGAACCUCGAAGGAAUUAAAAGACAAAACCAUCUCCCCUUAAACCCCUCUCAAAUUCCCUCCUUUGCUGCCUCGCUCUUCACGAUGUCUACGCGGCACGGCGACUAUCUGAAUGGGCGUGGUAGUGACAAAGACCCGCUCAUCGCAUCUGAGCACGAAGAAGCCCACACUGCGGCUAAGUUUGCGGCUUUAAACAUGGACGAGGGCGCCCGAUGUUCGAAACGCAUUCCAUCAACACCCGGUGAUGUUAUUGAAGAGAGGAACACGUCCACCGGCCAGACCUCAAAGCCCUCCUCCUCCUCCUCCCUUUCUUCCAAGAGUUCUAACCCACCCUUAAGUGUGGUGGGGGUUUCUUCAGAGGAGGCAAAGGGCGACUCCACUGGUCACUCCGGUUUACGCGCUCCUCUCGCCCGAGUAGAAUGCCAAAGUGACGGUAGUUCUUCGGAUAGUACCAUCAAGUGUUUGGACAACGUAGCAGUCGAGAGACGAAAAGGGAAUUCCAGUGCCGCUGCAAGUAGGGCAGCAUCUGCUUUUGUAGAAAAGGUGACAACUCUUUUGUCGCCUGUGGACGCCGAGAGGAACGGGUUUAAACCCAGGCCUUGUGAGGGCAGCCCUUCGUCCUUCACUUCCUACACUGGCAGCUCCUCCGAUGAAGAUGACACAAGCCCCAGGGAGAAAACACAGAAAAACUCUAAAGGUUUUGGGGACUUCUGUGUCAAAAACAUCGACCAUGCUGCCUUCGGCCGGAGAGAGAUCGAGAUCGCUGAGCAAGAAAUGCCCGGGCUGAUGGCGCUCCGGAGACGUGCAGAGGCGGACAAGCCCCUGCAAGGUGCCAAGAUCAUCGGAUGUACGCACAUCACCGCACAGACAGCCAACGAGGUGGCGGCGGCUCUGGCCGAGUCUGGCUUCCCGAUCUAUGCCUGGAAGGGCGAGACUGAGGAGGACUUUUGGUGGUGUAUCGACAAGUGUGUCAACGCCGAGGGCUGGCAGCCCAACACGAUCCUGGAUGACGGUGGCGACGCCACCCACUGGCUGCUGAAGCGCUACCCGGCCAUGUUCAACAUGGUGAAGGGCAUUGUGGAGGAGAGCGUGACGGGCGUGCACCGACUCUACCAGCUCUCCAAGUCUGGCAAGCUCAGCGUGCCCGCCAUGAACGUCAACGACUCCGUCACCAAGACUAAAUUUGACAAUCUCUACAGCUGCCGUGAGUCCAUCCUUGACGCUCUGAAGAGGACCACGGAUGUAAUGUUUGGUGGCAAGCAGGUCUUGAUCUCCGGUUAUGGCGAAGUGGGCAAAGGCUGCAGUCAGGCUCUGAAGGGACUGGGAGCUAUUGUGAGCGUGACAGAGAUUGACCCAAUCUGUGCUCUACAAGCAUGCAUGGACGGCUUCCGCGUGGUGAAGCUAGACGAGGUUGUGCGACAGAUCGACGUGCUCAUCACGUGCACGGGCAACAAGAACGUGGUCACCAGGCAGCAUCUGGACCGCCUCAAGAACGGCUGCAUUGUCUGCAACAUGGGCCACUCCAACACAGAGAUUGACGUGACAAGCCUGAGGACACCAGAGUUAACAUGGGAGAAGGUCAGGUCACAGGUCGACCACAUCAUUUGGCCCGACGGCAAACGCAUCAUUCUGCUGGCAGAGGGUCGACUGGUCAACUUGAGCUGCUCCUCGGUCCCCUCGUUCGUGGUGUCCAUCACAGCAACCACUCAGGCGCUGGCUUUGAUUGAACUGUUCAAUGCCCCACAGGGACGCUACAAGCAGGAUGUUUAUUUGUUGCCAAAGAAGAUGGAUGAGUAUGUGGCUAGUCUUCACCUCCCGACGUUCGACGCACACUUGACUGAGCUCUCUGACGAUCAGGCCAAGUACCUGGGCCUCAACAAAGCGGGCCCCUUCAAACCCAACUAUUACAGAUACUGAUGUAGGUAGAACGCUAGCAAGUUCAGAAGGGAUUCUCUUUCUUGUGAUGUGAUGCCUUGCACUUCUUCCUACCAUUCCAUCGGCUUUCAGCGUCAAGACGUUUUCCUCGCCACCAAUACAUUUCAGUUCAUUAGCUUAUCAGCAUAUUUUUUCUUUUGAAUAACACGUUUCAUUCUGUUAAGUUUUAAGAGUUUUUGUCAAAAUAACACGUUUUGUUCCAUUAGGUUUAGAUCAUUUCUUUCAAUCUCAAAGGUACAUUUUUACUUGUCAUUCAGUUGUCUCGGUUAGUAUUUAAUUUCGGUAAUGAACAUUUUGUUUGCUUUUUUUUCCCAAUUAUUUUGGGGGUUGCCAAGUUCUUGUAUCACGUUCCUGUCAUCCUCUCAAGAGCUGAGCUCUCUUGUUUUAAAAGCAGCAAACAACAUCGAUGAAAAGACACAAAAAUUGAUAACAGACAUCUGUCAAAGAUUGUUAAAGCUGGGUCACUCCUCUAUUUAAAAAAACGAAAUGAAAUAUCCUAUACAGCACUCAACGACAUCUUUGUUGAGGCUCAUAAAUAGCCAUGGAAGGCUGUUUUCAUGGAGUGACAUAUCUUGUGCACAAUCUUUGCAACUGCAUGUGUUAAUAUGGUCCACUGUGAUCGUUCCAUACCCCUCCACGAUGCCAUGUGUUCAGGGACGUCAACAGUAUAUGUGAUUGUAGAUCAAAUGUUCUUAUCAUAUUGUGUUGUUUAGUGCAUGUUUAAGGCCUCGGUAAGUUUCUCACGUCCAGAAAUAAAAAAGUAUGUUUACUCAUGGAAAAGAUAUCUCUUCUUCGACAUAUAGCCCUGUUAUGGUAAAUAUCUGUAAUGGUAGUCGAAGUAACGAAGGGCGCUUUUGACGAACUGGUGGUUAGUCCGUAUGGAUACUAUAUAUAUCAUGCUAACUUUUGCUGUAAAUCUUCUUCAGUUGUAACUUUGUCGGUGAUUGGGAUAUCUAGCUAGGAAUGUGAACCGCAUAGCUUAUUUACUCCACAUACCAAGCCAAGCUGUAGUCUGGGCAUGUCAUGUCCCAGGGAGAGAUUACUUUCUCCGGCUCACGACCUCAGCCUACUGGCAUCAGCUUUAAUUUUCUGUGCGCUGUUCUGCUCUGUCUUUUUGUUUUAUUUUUAACAUGUUUCCAUAAAAUCAUUUGGUUUUUGGGGGAGUGGGGGAUAUUAUUUUUUUAAUUUGUUCGUUGUUUUUUGGGGGUUUUUUUUUUUAAUUUUAUUUUUUGUCCUUAUGAUAUGCCCUAUGCUCAAUGUUUACAAGUUAUGUUUGAACAGUAACCAAGAGUGCUAUUUUACUAGGCUUGUUUUGUUUUUUUCCCUUUUUUUUAUAUUGUCCCAUGUAUUCCAAGUGAAAGAAAAAGAACAUCAGCAUACCAUUUAAUUGCUGUCGUAGAAUCCUUUUGUCUGAUUUCAUCCAUUUAUUUUUCCUAAGGAAAGACAAAACAUCAGUGACGUAUAUACCCCAUGUAAAAAUGAUGACUAACUUGUUGACAUGCUUUUACACACAUGAAGAAACCGCCUGCCAGAACUUUUACAACAGGCUGAGUGUCAGUGAUCUGUUCCCCCUUUUUUUCUUUUUCUUUUUUUUUUUAAAGAAAAGAUACGCGAGUUCUAAAACAGUAAAUAUUUCUGUCAUCCCUGUUACUUUCAUGUGGUGUUUUUACCUUUUUGGGAUAUACUGGAUGAAAAGAAAAUAAAGGACACAGCUGAUUUUUCCAGUCCCUUUGGUUACAGAGCCCUAAGAGAUUGGGAUCACCUCAUAUCACCUUGCCAAAAAGACAAAAGUCUCGUACUCACUCAGUAACUCCAGUUUGACAAGGUAAUUGUUCUCUACACAAGUUCUUGAAGCUGAUUAUGUAUACAGAGACCAAGACAAUAUUUCUAUUGAAUAUGAGUAAAAGAUUAGAAACAAUACAGGGGGUGGGGGAGGUUUCUUUUCUUGUACCAGAUGUCCUCGAUAGUGUUUACGAUUGUGACUGUUCAGACAUACAUUUUAUACGUAAUAAUGUCCACAUUAAUAGGUUUCCUACUGUCAGUUUGUUGGAAAAUCUGUGAUGCUCUCAUUUUGAUCCCACCUGGCUCCAGCACCUCUUGUGUCUAUUUCUUUUGUACAUACACAUGUGCAUACACGCGCAAACACAUUUGUACUUGGGCUGUGUGCUUGGUGUUCUCAGCCAUGAUGAGUUUGUUGGCCUGCACAAAAAUUUUGGUGUUGAAAAAAUUAUCUUCAGUGCAGUAUCUGAGCUUAUGUUAAUGGCUCUAGAUCAUAAUUAUGAUAAAGUGCUGCCUCAGACUUUUCAUAUCUCGGCUGUGUCUGUCACAGGUUCUCCGAUGAAAUGCUAUAUCUGACCUUGUGUAGUUUGACUACAUCAUCAGUCCUGUCUUCCCUGCCUGGGCCAACUUGUGAGGGAAGGGCCCUGCUCAUCUCCCACAUGCUCACAAAACGUGGUUUUUUUUUUAUCCUUUUUUUUUUGUGUCCAUGAUUGUUUUAUUUUAUAACUUUUUGUUUCCAAUACCCAAGAGAAGAUUUUUUUUGUCAUUCAUUUUGUGUCGGGUGUUUUCCCACCUGGUCACGCUGAAUUUAUUUAUAAUGUUUCGUCUUUGAUGCAAUGACUUUAGCAGUCUCUCCCUAUCUCUCUGUUUGUUCUUGCUGCAUACUAUGUUGUGCCUUUAGUUGAAGCAAAGAGCAUUUUGUCUAGACUGCUUUCACUACUGUGCACCAAAGAGCUCUGAGACUUACAUUUUCUCACGUCACUUACAUAGCAUUUUGUCUAGAUUGUGUCAACUUUUCAGUAGCAAAUGCUGAUCAAAUGAGAUAUUUGUUACAUUUGGUUUCAGAGAAAUGCGUGACAAUGUUUCUGUCGGUUACUAAGUAAUGGUGCUGAAUAGUUGUAGUAUUGAUGAACUAAAUUCCAUUUUCAAGAAUACAGGAUGUAAUUCCAGAGCAUGUUGCAUUUCAGAUGCUGGCUUGCUUUAUACAAGAACACACUGAGCAUCCUGUUUGGGUUUUUUUUUCAAGAUUUUGAAAAGCUAGAGAUUUGUUGUAACGACUGUAUGUCAUUAGAAACUGGGAACCUUUCUGUUUUAUAAAUUUGUCCAUGCUGUGUCAGCCUCUGUAACAGUUUAUAGGUUGAAGAAGAGACCUAUUAGAGGUGGCCAAUAAUGUAAGGGCUUUUUAAUAUUUCUCCAGGCCGAUGCCUGGGAAUAAAUCUGAAGUGCUGACUCUUGUUGUGCGUGAAUGAGCAAAUGUGAGAACUCUGAUAUUUUUGUAAUCAAGCAUCUCUCAUGAGGCAAUUCUGAUCAAGUACACUUUGUUUCUGAUUCUAGUGUGCUCUAAUGCGUUUUUCUCCACAUGUUCCAGCUGAUUGUAGCCACGUUUGCAUCGCUGCGUGUUGCAUCAGGUGUAGAUCUGUUUCUUUCUUCUCUCCGUUGUCCCUAGAAAUAAGUAACACGAUGUGAUUGUGUUUAGAGUAGCUCAAGUCACAGAGUUGAUGUUAUCCAAGACAAAGAAUUCAUUAUGAUUUACUAUGUCUGCUGUCAGUGCGAGACUGUGCAUGACACGAGAGAGUGUGCGUUGUGGACAUGAAGUCGUCAGGUUUUGCACCUUUCUGUUUUGGCAUUGUAUUGACUUGUUUGUGUCGAUAGUGCCUAAAAAGUGAAACACUGUCUGUCAGCUCCUGGAAAAUUUGGAGGAGCAGCCGCUGUGUCCCGAUCCUGGUGUCAACUCGCCAUAUUAAAGACUGAAUGUUAUCCAGUUGGUUCAAAUAGCUCAAAUCAAGACUCUUGUCAGAAAGUGAGAAUAAAGAGAAAGUGUAUGUUAUUGUAUCAGCAGUUUCAAGUUAGAAGGCAGCAGCUUGUUGUGGGAGGUUCUGUGUUCGAGUCUUUUAUUUUUCAGAUUAGUCUUUUUUGUUCGGUUGUAAAGAAUGAGAGGUCUUAAGUGCUUUCUGAAUAGAAAUAUUUUUGUAACCCCCCACCGAGGAUCCUUUUGUUUCCAACAUCCUCUGUUAGGACCUGAGUGGGGAUGCCAAAGACGUGGUCUCCUAUGUUGAGGGGCAGUACUUACAAACAUCUACCUUAUGUCCCCCAGAGAGUUGUUGCUUAGUUGAUUCUCAAGGAAAGUGUAGCGAUAGUGAUAGUGUGCUCUUUAGUGUGACUGGCUCUACCUGGCACUUAUUUAAUUUACAUAACAAACUCUGCUGGUCUCACUCAGUCAAGAGGUCAUCUGCAGAACCAGAUCUGAAUUUAAUGUGGGUUUUUUUGUUUUACAUUUUACAUGUGAAUCUUUUGCUGUUUUCAGAGACUUGAAGUUGACAGAUUAAUAUUUGUGUAGAUUUGGGAUGUUGGAUUUGUUGGGGAGGGGGGGGGGUGGUUGGUAAAAAAAAUAUAUUUUCACUAUUACUGCAUAAAAUAGUGGCUGUGCAGGAGUAUGUGUGUCCACUCUGACAAAAAGGAGCUGUGCAUUAAUUGCAAGGCUGUCCUUGGUCCACAUCUGUAUGUGUGAAGGAGUUUGGUUUGUUAGCCUGCCUGGCUUGACCAGUUUGCUCAACACUGCACCUCCAGAACUUGUGGAAGAUUUCAUGAAGUUUCCAUCAAUAGUUUUCCAUCCAGGUCAGAUCUUUUGAAUUUUCAGGGAUUGAAAACAAUUUCUUAUUGCUCAGGAGCAGCAUUGGCCUCUCUUUUCCUCAUUAAGUCUGCAGCAAAACUUGUAAGACAGUGCUUGCAUUUCACACUCAGUGUUUGUUAAAUGCCCCACUGGCACUAUUCGAAGACAUAUUUUCCUCUUCACAUUCACAUUACUUUCAGCUAUGCAGUGAUAUUUAGGUACAGGUAUUUCUCCAUUCCUUUCCAUGUGUUGGAUGUGAGUUUUGAAGGUAUAUGCUCACAGUUCCAUAAUUUUUUUUCUUCUGUGCAGUCCACAUGGUUACGGGGGAGUGGGAAUGAGCCAUAAAGCUGCUCCCUUUCUCAUGUGAGAAGCAGUUUAGCUUUUUUUUCUCAUCAUAGUUGAAUGGAAUGUGAGACUUAGCUAGUUAAAAAUUUGUCCAACAGAUGGAAGUCUGAGGUUAGAAUCUGUGGGACAUUUGUUUUACAUGGUCCUGAACAGGAUGUUUAUCUCCCAGCCUUGUGCCCUAUCAGGAGACUAAGUGCCCCUCGUUAAAAAUUCUGUCUUCAGUUGGAAGUUAUAAUCCAACAGGUACUGGGAAACACAUAAAGGUAGUUCUUUUGUUGUGUUUUUCUGGUGUGAUCACCUUCAAAAGAGGGCCUUGGGUGAGGUCUUGCUUCUAACCCCCUCUAGCCUCAGAAUGUGUUGUGAGUGAGAAUGAAAGUGUGACUUGAGAAUGUAUUAUUGACAUGACAUGGUUGGAUAAUAUCAUUGUAAUUAUCAAAUUUCAAUGCAGUCAUUAAUAAAGUAAAUAGUAUCAGA